GCCGAGGGCUGUUCGGAAGAAGGCGGGGCCUACCUCGCAUCAGGACCAGUCUGCCUGCACCUGCAUCCUUAGCUCAGAGCAUCCCUGGAGCAUCUUAAGAGGAGACCGCAGCUGGCAACCAGGGACCAGACCGUCGCAGGAGGCGUCCGCCUGAUACUUUCCCCCUCCCCUGACCUAGCGGUCUACAGCGGCGGAUUCCGUACUGACUGGGGGUUCCCAGAAUUUGAGCAUUGCGAAAGCAUUUUUAUAGCGAUAGACUCUGAUUACGACAUGGCUGAGAUCACCAAUAUCCGACCUAGCUUUGAUGUGUCACCAGUGGUGGCUGGCCUCAUCGGGGCCUCUGUGCUGGUGGUGUGUGUCUCGGUGACCGUCUUCGUCUGGACAUGCUGCCACCAGCAGGCAGAGAAGAAGCACAAGACCCCCCCAUACAAGUUUAUUCACAUGCUCAAGGGUAUCAGCAUCUACCCAGAGACCCUCAGCAACAAGAAGAAAAUCAUCAAAGUGCGGAGAGACAAAGAUGGCCCCGGGAGAGGAGGCGGACGAGGGACCCUGUUGGUGGACGCUGCUGAGGCCGGCCUGCUGGGCCGGGACAAGGGUCCCCGAGGGCCCAGCUCUGGGUCUUGUAUGGACCAGCUCCCCAUCAAAGUGGACUAUGGGGAAGACCUGAGGAGCCCCAUGGCCAGCCUGACCCCUGGGGAGAGCAAAACUACUUCUCCAUCAUCUCCCGAGGAGGACGUCAUGCUAGGAUCCCUCACCUUCUCAGUGGACUAUAACUUCCCCAAAAAAGCCCUGGUGGUGACAAUCCAGGAGGCCCACGGGCUGCCGGUGAUGGAUGACCAGACCCAGGGCUCUGACCCCUACAUCAAAAUGACCAUCCUUCCCGACAAGCGGCAUCGGGUGAAGACCAGAGUGCUGCGAAAGACCCUGGACCCUGUUUUCGACGAGACCUUCACCUUCUACGGCAUCCCGUACAGCCAGCUGCAGGACCUGCUGCUGCACUUCCUCGUCCUCAGCUUCGACCGCUUCUCUCGGGACGACGUCAUUGGGGAGGUCAUGGUGCCCCUGGCCGGGGUGGACCCCAGCACGGGCAAGGUCCAGCUGACCAGGGACAUCAUCAAAAGGAACAUCCAGAAGUGCAUUAGCAGAGGGGAGCUCCAGGUGUCUCUGUCAUAUCAGCCCGUGGCCCAGAGAAUGACAGUGGUGGUCCUCAAAGCCAGACACUUGCCGAAGAUGGAUAUCACCGGCCUCUCAGGUAGGGCCCCAGAUCCUUACGUCAAGGUGAACGUCUACUACGGCAGAAAGCGCAUCGCCAAGAAGAAAACCCAUGUCAAGAAGUGCACUUUGAACCCCGUCUUCAACGAGUCUUUCAUCUACGACAUCCCCACUGACCUCCUGCCCGACAUCAGCAUUGAGUUCCUUGUCAUCGACUUUGAUCGCACCACCAAGAACGAGGUGGUGGGAAGGCUGAUCCUGGGGGCGCACAGCGUCACCGCCAGUGGUGCCGAACACUGGAGAGAGGUCUGCGAGAGCCCCCGAAAGCCCGUGGCCAAGUGGCACAGCCUGAGCGAGUACUGAUCCUGUGCCCUUCACCGCUCCCCCGCCCCCGGGGCCAGGCUGGGCAGGCACGUGGGGGGAGGGGGAGGAGGUGACAGACAGAAGUGGACUCAAGACCUCAUUUUAGUUGUAGAAGAAAAUUUCGUACAAAACAAACCCCACAAAGAACACCCCACAUGACCACAGCUGCAGAUCAGUUCUUAGCGAUGAUGAUUUUUCUCCUUUGCAAGGCUCUAGAAAUUCUUGUUUGUUUGUUUUUUUAAUGGGGGGAAAAAAAGAGAGGGAAAGACCUCUACAAGUCUAUAUAUAACAAUGUAACCUUAUCCUUGCAUGUCUAAUACAAACUGAAGAAAUUAGCCUAACUGCCAAUAUCAAGUUACAGAUUUUAAUCCAUGAAAAUUGUGUUUUGUGCCGAAUUGUAUUUGCUGAUGACCUGAAAUUGGCCUCUUUUUAUUGGGCUUCUCUGGAGUUAUUCUCACUCCCCACCUCUGCAAAAGUCUUUUGCUCUUUUAAGACCUCACAUGUCCAUCAUCACCACCUUUUCUCCCUAUUACCUCUUACUUCUCUGCUCUUUGACUGAGCUCAAGGUCCAGAGGUCUGUUAGUCAGCCAAGAAACAAAGGUGGAAGGGAUUAGGCAAGGUGUGCAGGAGAAAGGGUAUUUAAUAAAUGGGGUGUUUUUGCCGUCGGUGCUCCUGCUGUAAAGGGGUAGAUGGCUGCCUGCGGUUAAGUUGUGAUGAAGCACACGGACCCACCCGACUUAGGAGGUAGAGCUGGGUUCUUAAGAUGAGAUGACAUCUCCAAAAAGAGCUUUGGAGACUCCCGAUUCAGCGGUAGGACGUUACCAACGAAGACAUCCCGCUGAUCCCAAAUGCUCUUUGCAGGUAUGAGGACAAGGAGAGAAGUGAGAUGACUCUGACACCUCCUUCCCCCCACCUUGCAGCUCUGUAUGGGUUAGAAAUCAUCAGAGGUUUGAAGGAUUAACUUGGCCUUUGUUUUUCCAGAAAUGCUGACCCUUGAGAAACUUUAGCGUCUUCUCAGAUAGCUUUGAUGUGGUUAGUUUUGCUUCAGAAGGCAAAGGGCCUUCAAAGAUCCUUAAAAUUUUCAGUAGUGGCUCUUAAAAAUAACAGUGUGACAAAACAAGUCAUUAACGGCGACUUGGGACGUCCUUUCCCUCAAAACAAAGUGCUUGGUUCUCAGAACUUCUGAGUCUCAUGACAAGGUGAAGGGAUGGGGGAAUCACAGGGUUCUACCCUCCUGGAGACACCCCAUAUCCCGCGGGGAUGAGAAGUCAGUUUCCCUACCUCUCGUCCAGCCACGUAGCUAAUGCUGAGACUUUUCAGGCGGCAGAGACUUAAGUCACUGACAAUAAGAAACCUUGGGUGGGCAGGAGAUAUUUUUGCCAGCCUGAAGAGGAACUCAGAUCAGCAGCAGCUUGAAGCAAGGCCUGAGAGAUUAGCUGAGGUGAAAGGUCCACUUCCGUGCCCAAACCCCGCUUUCUAACUUGCUUCCGAGAAGAGGGUUGAAAAGCUGGGUCUCCCUGGCAGUAGUGGGUGUUGCCUUGAUGUGCCCUUAGCUUUUGUGGACUUGAAACGAAUCUGCUCCCCUCCACCCCCAAAUCUUUUCGUUGUGUUUUUAAACCUGGGUUCUUGACAGUGCAGAGCAGUGCUGAGCCGGCACAGAGCCCCCGCUCUGUCCUUGUCCCAGUCAGCCCCCUUCUCCCGCAAUCUGACUCCCUCGCUCACCAUCCGUUAGGUUCCCACCACCACUCUCCUGUACUCUGCGGAAUGUAAAUACUGUAUCAUACGUAGAAGAAAUUAAUUUUCCUUUUCUAAAAAUGCAUUUUGAGAGGGUUUACUGUAAAUCUGACAGGAGCGCUCUGAAGCCCCAUUAGGAAAGAAUUUAAACAGUUCCUCUUCAUCGCCUUAAUGUCUAAAGAUCAGAAAUCGCUGAGCAACUGCUUUCGCUGCCUUCCCAGAAACAGUGCUAAAGCAACAGGUGGAGACAGCCCAGUGGUGUUUGCCCCACUGUGUGUGCCUCUGAGCUCCUCCUGACAGAAGUCUGGGAACAGCCGCAGCCCGCUCCUGUCCCCUACCUCCUGGUAGCUUUAUUCCCGGCAUUCUUUGGGUCUACUGAGCACUGGGUGGUGAGGUGACAGGGGAAGAACCCGUAGUUCUGGAGCCUGGGAGCUGCCUUGGUGUCUUUCCCAGAAAAAGACCAAGGGGCAGACAGUACAGGGUCCCUCCCUCCUACCUCAGGCCUGACCCAUCAUGCCCUUGACCUUGCUGUCCCAAAGUUUCUUAGCUGACCUUGGCUGUCACAUUCGUCCCUCCCAGAGCUAGCUGAUAAUGGUGGAGGAGGAAUGCCCCCUCCUAAGAGUCAGUAGAAAGACGAGAGACUCACCUCCUAGCUUUUGCACAAAGCACUCAUGGUCAGAAAUGGGUUAGGGAAUGGUCACUUCUGAUUUCCCAAGAGUCAGUCCUUCUCUGCUAUCUUGAUUCCUUUGGGAAGACAAGAGUUUUUCUUAAUAACCGAAGUCCCUUUAUGAGUUAUUCCUGCUUUCGGUUCUUCUCCGUGGAGCACAGCCAAGACACACACAUUCAUGUGCUCUAGGUGUGGAAACAGAACUGGUUUGGGGGAUGGGCGCCUGCUCAGGAGAGGGGACAGUGCAGGUCCUUCUUGGAAGGCUUUUCUUAUGGCCACGAUAGUGACACAUCCCUCACCCUGCUCCUCCAGCGUGGUCGUUCUUUCUUUACCUUGUGUCUUCUCUUGUGAAAAGGAAACUCAAGAAUAAAAUAAACAUGUCAAAUUAAAGACGAAAAACCUGAAAAAGCUAACAUGAAUUGUGUGAACUCGCAUAACGCUGUAACGCUAACCUACGAUAUGUAAUGCUAUCCUGUAUGUUGAAUUUGUAAACGCACCACACAAGUGCAAAAUAAAAACCGACUGACAUUAAAUAGAG